GGAGAAAUUACUCUGUUUAGAAUUGACAGAGCAGAAGGAUGAAAGCUGACAUCUAAUCCAGAGCAGCCUGAAGGCCCAAUGAGUGAUUGUGUGGAGGAAGAGAGGGACCGAGAGUCUCCAGUGUCCAGCUGUGUGUCCAUGAGGAGUGACCAUUCCAAAAAAAAACCCUCUGCUCUUCAGUAAUGAACCUGGAAUGAAAAUAGGUCAGAACCACAGAGAGUCUGAAGAGCCUGAUGGUCUGUCCAUGAGGAGCGACUGUUCCAAAGAGCAACCUUUAGUCUUCAGUAAUGAAUGUGGAUCCUCAAACACAAAAAAGAUGAAGAGGAGUGGUGUCUAUGAGACAGAGCAGCUGUCCUGCUGUCCUUUGUGUCAGGACAUCCUGAAGGAUCCAGUCUCUUCCAGCUGUGGACACUGGUUCUGCAGAUGCUGCAUCAGCUCAUACUGGGACCAGUCUGCUUCAUCAGGAGGCUCCUCCUGUCCCCAGUGUGGGAAAAGACCCAGAAUCACUGCUGCAGACGCUGGUCUGCAGGAGGUUUUAGAUAAACAUAAAAUCAGUCUGAGGAGGAGAUGUGAACAUGUGACUGAAGGAACUGAUGGAACAGGAAGUAGAACCCUCCUCAACAGGAUCUACACUGAGCUCUUCAUCACAGAGGGACAGAGUGAAGAGGUUAAUACCCAACAUGAGGUGUGGCAGCUGGAGACCGCUUCCAAGAUGUACACCCUCCAUGACAUUCCAAUCAGGUGCCACGAUAUCUUUAAAGCCUUACCUGACCAACAUGGACCAAUCAGAGUGGUUCUGACCAACGGCGUCGCUGGUGUUGGAAAAACCUUCUCAGUGCAGAAGUUCACUCUGGACUGGGCAGAGGGCUUGGAGAACCAAGAUGUUGGUGUGGUGGUUCUGCUUUCAUUCAGGGAGCUGAACUUGAUCAGAGAUGAUCAGUACAGUCUUCUCCAGCUGCUCCAUGUUUUCCAUCCAACAUUACAGAAGAUCCCAGCAGAGCAGCUGGCUGUCUGGAAACUUCUCUUCAUCUUUGAUGGUCUGGAUGAAAGCAGACUUUCUCUGGACUUCAACAACACUGAGGUUGUUUCUGAUGUCACACAGAAGUCUUCAGUCAACGUGCUGCUGACAAACCUCAUCAAGGGGAAUCUGCUGCCCUCGGCUCUCAUCUGGAUCACUUCCAGACCUGCAGCAGCCAAUCAGAUCCCUCCUACAUGUGUUGACAGGGUAACAGAAGUACGAGGCUUCACUGAUGUCCAGAAGGAGGAGUACUUCAGGAGGAGAUUCAGUGAUGAAGAGAUGUCCAGCAGAAUCAUCUCCCACAUGAAGACAUCCAGGAGCCUCCACAUCAUGUGUGGAAUCCCAGUCUUCUGCUGGAUCACUGCUACAGUUCUGGAGCACAUGUUGACCACAGAGCAGAGAGGAGAGCUGCCCAAGACCAUGACGGACAUGUACUCACACUUCCUGAUGGUCCAGACAAAGAGGAAGAAGAACAAGUACCAUGAGGGACAUGAGACGAGUCCACAGGAGCUGAUGGAGGCUGACAGAGACGUUCUUCUGAAGCUAGGGAGGCUGGCGUUUGAACAUCUGGAGAAAGGAAACAUCAUGUUCUACCAAGAAGACCUGGAGCAGUGUGGUCUGGAUGUCACAGAGGCCUCGGUGUUCUCAGGAGUUUGUACUGAGAUCUUCAGAAGAGAGUGUGUGAUCUUCCAGAAACCAGUUUACUGCUUCGUUCAUCUGAGUGUUCAGGAGUUUCUGGCUGCAGUCUACAUGAUGGACUGUUACAUCAACAGGAGCACAGAAAUACUAAAGGCUUUUCUGGGAGAAAAAUAUAGUAACUCAUCUCUUGAUGACUUCUUGAAAACAGCUGUGAUAAAAUCCCUCUACAGUAAAAAUGGCCACCUAGACUUGUUUGUUCGCUUUCUUCAUGGCCUCUCUGUGGAAUCCAACCAGAGACUCUUAGUAGGGCUGAUAAAUCAGAGAGAGUACAAAUCCGAAAUCAUCCAGAGAAUCAUCAACAACCUGAAGUACAUGAAUAAUGAUGAAAUCUCUCCUGACAGAAGCAUCAACAUCUUCCACUGUCUGAUGGAGAUGAACGACCUCGCAGUUUAUCAGGAGAUCCAAGAGUUCAUGAAGUCAGAGAACAGAUCCAAAAAGAAACUUUCAGAGAUCCACUGCUCAGCUCUGGCCUACAUGCUGCAGAUAUCAGAGGAGGUCCUGGAUGAGUUGGACUUGAAACAGUACAACACUACAGCAGGGGGACGAAUGAGGCUGCUUCCAGCUGUGAGGAACUGCAGAAAGGCUCUACUUGGUGAUUGUCGACUCUCAGAGACUCACUGUGAAGUUGUGGCCACAGCUCUGAAGUCCAGCCCCUCCCAUCUGACCGAGUUGGACCUGAGCAAGAACUAUGACUUGCAAGAUUCUGGAGUAAAGCUCCUCUCUGCUGGACUGGAGAGUGCAAACUGUAAACUAGAGACGCUGAGAUUGGAGACCUGCAGUUUGUCAAAUAUUGCCUGUGGAUUACUGGUCUCAGCUCUGAAGUCCAACCCCUCCCAUCUGACAGAACUGGACCUGAGUGACAACUGCAAGCUGCAGGAUUCAGGGCUGAAGCUCCUCUGUGAAUUUCUGAAGAGUCCACUCUGUAUCCUGAAGACUCUAAGGUUAAAGGACUGCAGCUUGUCAGAGGUUGGCUGCGCUUCUCUGGUUUCAGCACUGAAGUCCAACCCCGGCCAUCUGAGACAUCUGGAGCUGAGCUACAACAACCUGCAGGAUUCAGGAGUAAACCAGCUGUGUGGUUUCCUGGAGAGUCCAUCAUGCAGACUGGAGACUCUGAGGUUAUGCUGGUGCGGUUUGUCAGAGAACAGCUGUGUUUUUCUGGUGUCAGCUCUGAAGUACAACCCGUUCCAUCUCACAGAACUGGACCUGAAUGAGAACAACCUGCAGGAUUCAGAUCUGAAGCAGCUGUUGGAUCUGGUGGACAGUCCACACUGUAGACUGAAAACUCUGAGAUGGAAGUAAUGCUGUUUGUAAAUCAGACAGUGAGCAGGUCAGUGUGUGCUGAGAGAUGAUGAGCUGGGUCCUGGUGACCCACAGAGAAUGAAGCAGCAACAGGAUGAGAUGCUGGAAUAACAGCUGAAAGGAAUAUGACGAUUUACUAUGUCUCUAGUGAGUUUGCAUUGAGAUGUUUCAUAUUUUCACAUAUUUCAUGUAGGUGUCUAUUAAUGGUCUUUAAUUUUUGCUUUUGGAAGUAAAAAGUAAAAACAUGUUUUUGAUCAGUCAUAAGUCAAUUUUACACGUGAACUGGAAUCAUGAUCUGUACCAAAAAAUGCUCUGGAGCAGCGACAUAGGAACAUAAAUGUCUGUACUAUUUACUGUGGACUUUCCUGGAUUAUCCAUCUGCAAAAUUUAGGGAAAAGUAACUUUUUAGGAUAAAUAGAAUUGCAUGCUUCACUCAUGUAUCUGUACUCAUCACUAAUGGAAAUACUAUAUUAAAAUAAUUUGCUUAACUAACGAGCACACAAUGUCUCUGUAGGAUAAGCAUUAACUGCUUUCAGUUCAACUCUCCUCUAAAGCAAAUGUUAAGAGAGUGAUGUUUGUAAUUUGGCAGUUAAUAAAACCAUUUGUUGAA